UUUUGAUCCGCUUUUCCAGUUUUCGAAUCGCGGUGUGGUUUUGUAAUCACCUGGCUAGUUCCCGGAGGUUUCCGAAUUCCGCAAAGGUGAUACUUUUAUUAAAAGGAACCCUUUUCCGGAGAAAAUUCAUCCACACCAGAAGCACUAUGCUGCGGCUGGCCGUUUGCAGUGGCGGGGACUCGCUGAUACGUAGUUUUUUGUCAUUACAAAUUAGUCGGAGGUUGAUGACUUCAUCGAAUGCAGCGGUAUCUGGAUCCGUUUUGCAAUUCAGCUACAAUUCAAAUGUCGGUCAUCCUAGCCAGCAGCUGCUUAAACCGGCGCUUCCGAACCUUCAAAACUGCCGGGGGACCAGCUUUUUCAACAAACUACCGGCCGAACAGAUCUGGAAGGGUGUUAUUUCGGUCAGUAAUGCUGGUAAAAAGCGAGGCCGUGGUAAGGGAUCGGGUCGUAUCAAUCCGAAAGAUUUGAACAAAGGCCAGGUUAUUGGUUUCGGCAAGGCUAACAUCGUUUGGCCCGGUUUGUCGGCACCGAUAAUCCGUGGCCGGGAACUUGUUCAGCAGCAAAAAUUGCCGGAAGAUAAAGAACGGGAGGCGAAGCUGCUAAAAAUCCGUGACGAGAUGGUGAACUUUAAGCGGAUGAAACUUAGUCCGCUGGACCGUGGGUGGUCUGGUUCAAAAAUGCCUGGUCGCAGUUUGGGACCUCCGGACCCUAUUGAGGACGAUCAUUUUGAGGGAUUCGAUACCAGAUGUUUGGAGUUGAAAACAGUCGUUAAUAUGAAGGGUAAUCUUGGCCGCAAGCGACGUGUCUCAGCCAUGGCCGUAACCGGAAAUGGUAAUGGUCUGGCCGGUUUUGGUUUUGGAAAGGCCAUAGAUAUCAAAUCAGCCCUCAGACAGGCUAAGAAUAGAGCCGGUCAAAAACUUAUGCACUUUGAAUUGUGCAACGGACACACAGUGUUUCAUGAUUUUCAUUGCGCUUUCGGAAACACCCAAAUUUUUGUCGAACGUAAACCCGAAGGAUACGGACUCAGAUGCCAUCGUGCCAUCAAAUCCGUCUGCGAAGUGCUAGGAAUCAAGGACCUUCGAGCCAAGUGUGAGGGAUCGACCAAUGUGCAGCACGUGGUAAAAGCCUUUUUUGUCGGUCUUUUGCAACAUAAAAAUCACCAGGAAAUAGCCGAAGCCAAGGGUCUACACGUGGUGGAAUUCCGCCCAGAAAAUGGCAACUUUCCUAAGGUUGUGGCUAGCCCUGCGGUGUGCCGCACUGAAGCUGAGCUUCAGAGCAACGAAAUCCUGGACUACACCCAAUUCUGCAUGAAUGGUAAAAUUCCGCUGAAGAAGAAGAAAUUCCCCCCAUUCUAUACCAAGUACCGAUCAUAUGAAAUCUACCUAAAGAAACGGGAAUAUUUGCGAAAUCAGGAUCAAGUACGGUUGCGUUUGCUAGCGGAAACGGGAGAGGUUCGAAGCUUUUUGACCGAUAAAUAUCCUGAGUGCAAAAUGGGACCUGCACCGAAGGAAGAAUAGAUCAAGUUGUUUGACAAUAAAUAGAUUUGAAUAAAAUAUUA